AACCCUUGCAAUCAUGUCUUGCCGGCUGGCAGCUGCGACAUGCGCUUUGAGAUGUUGACAGUGCUUCGUGCUUGCAAUGCUCGGUUGAUUGCUGUCGGCGGCAUGUGCCCUGACAACUCCGAUGCUCUCUACUCCAAGGACUGGAACCCCAAGUACAGCCGCAAGGAGUUGAUCGAGCACGGAGUCUGGAUGACCAAGAAGCAGCUCAGGAAGGAGAAGCGCGCGGAGGAGGAGAGCGUUCAUCACCACUUUUCUUAAGAUUGGACAACCUAAGACAUGACUUGGUCUUUGUCGGGGUUCGUGCGCACUGGCGGAGCAAGCGUUGCUAUUUUUUUCUACGAUCUUGCAUGUUUGUAGGAGCUUUGUGGUUGAUUGAUUAUUAAGAAUGAACAUGUUUCUGUGC